UGUGGGCCAAAGCAUAGCAAACGCAUUCAUUCCGUCCUUUUUUGGUACUAACCGUGCGAUAUGCAAAUACAGCCCUUGCCGGAAUCCACACCCACACCCACACCCACACCAAUGCCAACAGCAACAGCAACAGCAACAGCAACAGCAACAGCAACAGCAACAGCAGCAGCAGCAACAUCGUCGGCAGCGUCAGCAUCGGCGGGGAUUGCGCCGGGCACGCCGGGCGCGACUGCUGCUGGCGCCACACAUGCCAUCCAGGACAAUGUAUUGACAAAGGACAAGCUGCGCCAGAUACUGAUGGUGAUCCAGGCCUUGCGUAGCAAAGGUGCGACUGAGCAGAACAACGCAGAGUACGCCAAACUGAUGCACAUAAUGCGCGUGGUCAACGCUCAGCAGCAACAGCAGCAAAUCCAGCAGCAACAGCGGCAAAUCCAGCAGCAACAGCAACAGCAGCCACCCGCAGAUACCAGUGCUAAUGGGAUUGAUAAUGCCAAUGCUAGCACGGAAUCACAGCCACAGACGUCUUUAUCAGCCAAUUCUGAAAACUGCGCCGUUUCUGCGCUAGGCGAAGCCAUCCCGGCCGUGUUAGCGUCCAGCAACACUGGCCCAGCAAAGCCAAACUCCGCCUCCGCCUCUGUGUCAAUGUCAGCUUCUGGACCAUUCCCAGAUAUCGCGCCAAGACCGAUAGUAGCAGCAGCAGCGGCUACAUCACCCCAGCCACACACCCAGCAGAGCCAAACUCAAAGUCAGCAGCAGCCACUGGCCCUAAACGCUUUGUCAAAGCCACCCCAGUUCACGCCCGACGACAUUGCCCGCCUGCGCAAGCAGAUCCAGGCAUUCCGCCUGGUGGCAAAGAACAUGCCCCUGCCGCCGUUGCUGCGCCAGGAGCUGUGGGCGAGCAGCCUAUCAGAUGAAGAGAAGCGCCUGCUGGACGCGCCUCCACCCAGCAUAAAUACAGCAGCCGGAAACACGGUCGAGUCCGUGCACCAAGCCAUCCACCAGAACUUUGAUUCUAGCGGAGCCUCGACGCCCGUGUCUGCAGCCACAAACGGAACGAGGACGACCUCGGCCAAUAUUCCGGGCAUCGGUCAGGUCAAGGUGCAGCUGGUUCUUCCGCCGCUGCCACAGAGCAUUGGCUUUGUGUCGCCGCACCUUCUGCUCAGAGACAAGCUGGCCGCGGCCGGCAAUCAGGCGGCGCGGCUGCAGCGCCUGCUGGUGCCGAGUAUCACACCCAGUGGCAUUGACGUGCGCGCUAUGGCCCGCGAGCGCGAGCAGCGGCGCGACGCGCGCAUCGAGUACCGCAUCAAGGAGCUGGCUGCGCUGCCUGCCACAGUCAGCGACGAGGGCCUGGACGUGGGCCUGGCGCCCGGGUCUGUGUACGAGCGCCCAGGCCUGCUGAGUCGGGCCGAGUCCAGCGCGCGCAUCAAGGCGCUUAUCGAGCUCAAGGCCCUGGGCCUGCGGCACAAGCAGCGCGCGCUGCGCAACGAAGUUGUGCGCAGUAUCACUCGCGCUUCGCAGCUAGGCGUUGCUGGCGACCGGUCGGCGCUGCGGCGCAUGAAGAAGCAGUCAUUGCGCGAGGCGCGCCUGACCGAGAAAAUGGAGCGCCAGCAACGCAUGGACCGCGAGCGCCGCGAGCAGGACCAGCACAAGCAGCAGCUAGCAGCCAUCACUGAGCACGGCGCCGGGCUUGUUGCGUGGCACAAGGUGCAGCAGCAGCGCAUGGCCAAGCUCGGCCGCACCGUGCUGACCUUCCACGGGGCGGCUGAGCGCGAGGAGCAGAAGCGCAUCGAGCGCGUGGCGCGCGAGCGCAUCCAGGCGCUCAAGGCCGGUGACGAGGAGGCGUACCUGAAGCUGGUCGACAAGGAGAAGGACACGCGCAUUUCGCACCUGCUCGGCCAGACCAACCAGUACCUCAACACGCUUAUCGAGGCCGUGCACCGCCAGCAGCAGUCGGUCGUCUCACAUGAUGGCCCGGCCGCUGGAGGCGAGGCCGUGCCGUCGUGGCUGUCCGAGAACGCCGAGCUCGACGCCGACGAGGCCAGCGCUGAGCAGUCCCGCGACUACUACUCGGUCGCGCACCGUAUCCUCGAGCCGAUCAAGGAGCAGCCGAGCAUCCUGGUCGGUGGCUCGCUCAAGGACUACCAGCUGCACGGCCUCGAGUGGAUGGUGUCGCUGUACAACAACCGGCUUAACGGCAUCCUGGCCGAUGAGAUGGGGCUGGGCAAGACCAUCCAGACGAUUUCGCUGGUCACGUACCUGAUUGAGAAGAAGCUGCAGAACGGGCCGUUUUUGAUUAUCGUGCCACUGUCGACGAUCACCAACUGGAUCCUCGAGUUCGAAAAAUGGGCGCCGAGCGUGCGUGUGAUCGGAUACAAGGGCAAUCCGACGCAGCGGCGUGUCCUGCUUGAGCGCAUCAAGCGGCAGGACUUCCAGGUGCUGCUGACGACCUAUGACUACAUUAUCAAGGACCGCCCCCUCCUGUCCAAGAUCAACUGGAUCCACAUGAUCAUCGACGAGGGCCAUCGCAUGAAGAACACAAAGUCCAAGCUGGCGGCCACGCUGACUACGUUCUAUAAGACGCGCUACCGCCUGAUCCUGACGGGAACGCCGCUGCAAAACAAUCUUCCCGAGUUGUGGGCACUGCUCAACUUUGUGCUGCCCACAGUGUUCGCCUCAGCGGACAGCUUUGACGACUGGUUCAACGCGCCGUUUUCCAGCGCCGGUGCGCAGGACCGCAUUGCGCUCAACGAGGAGGAGGAGCUGCUGAUCAUCAAGCGCCUGCACAAGGUGCUGCGCCCAUUCCUGCUCCGGCGCCUCAAGAAGGACGUCGAGGUCGACCUGCCCGACAAGGUCCAGCACGUCAUCAGAUGCAGCAUGUCAGCUGUGCAGACCCGGCUGUACCACCAGAUGCUCCGCUUCGGCACACUCUUCCGCGGCGUCACGGUUGACGACAACGGCGUCUCGCGCGCCAACAAGGCGAGCUUUAGCAACACGCUCAUGCAGCUGCGCAAGAUUUGCAACCAUCCGUACGUUUUUGAGCAGGUUGAGUCGCGCAUCAACCCGCUGGGAAUCAACAACAGCCUGCUCUACCGCUCGGCCGGAAAGUUUGAGCUGCUGGACCGCGUGCUGUCGAAGCUGCUGGCGACAGGCCACAAGGUGUUGAUCUUCUUCCAGAUGACCAAAAUCAUGACGAUCAUGCAGGACUUUUUGGACUGGCGCGGCAUAGCGAGCCUGCGCCUUGAUGGAUCGACGUCCGACGAGGACCGCCGCGAGUACAUGCACACGUUCAACAAGCCCGACUCGCCGUACAAAGUGUUCAUGCUGAGCACGCGCGCUGGUGGCCAGGGCCUCAACUUGCAGACCGCCGACACGGUCGUCAUCUUUGACUCGGACUGGAACCCGUCGGCUGACGCGCAGGCGAUGGACCGUGCGCAUCGCAUUGGGCAGAAGAACGAAGUGCGCAUCCUGCGUCUGAUCUCCCGUGGUACCGUCGAGGAGGAUGUCUUGGCGCGCGCAGAGUACAAGCGCGACCUCGACGGCAAGGUCAUUCAGGCAGGCAAGUUCGACAACAAGACAUCCUCCGAGGAGCGCGAGCGCCUCUUGCGGUCGCUGCUCAGGGCCAAGGAGGCCGAGGCGGAGGAGAUGGCUGACGCCGAGGCCGAGACGAACCCGGACGACGAGCUGAACGAGAUGAUUGCGCGCAGUGACGAGGAGCGCAUAAUCUUUGCGCGCAUGGACAUGGAGCGCAGGGAGCGCGAGCUGGCCGAAUGGCGCGAAGCUGGCCACGCCACCAGCCCGCCCCCCGAGCGCCUGAUCACCGACAGCGAGCUGCCCGAAGAAUACCUUCAAGAUUAUGACCCGGCUGAGGAGAAGCGCAAGGCCGAAGAGGAGGCCACGCGCGACAAGUCGCGCAACACGCGCCGCGUGUACUACGACGACGGGCUGUCCGAGGAGCAGUGGCUCGACGCGCUGGAGGACGACAACGCCGACAUUGACGAUAUUGUCAACCAGAAGCGCGAGCGUGCUGAGCGCAAGCGCAAGCGCAUUGAAGAGCGGCUUCUGCAGCAGCACCUGAGCGGCCAGCAGGCCGAGGCCAGUGCCAACGGCAGUGCCGCUGGCGACGGUGGCGGUGACUAUGGCGAGGGUGGAAAUGAUGAGGAUAGUGACAGCGAUGCAAAUGUUGAUGCCGAUGCGGACGACGACGAUGACAGCGACAGAGAGCAUGGGAGAGUCCGAAGCAGUGGCAACGCCGCUCGCUCCAAGGACACUCGCGAUGCGGCGGCUCUGAGCACGCCGCGCAAGCGAGGCCGGCCCCGUCUCAGCGCCAACGGCGCGGCGCCAACGACCAAGCCACCUAGCAACGACGGCGGCUCUGUUGCUGGUCGGCGCAAGAGGCCACGGUUGGCUGGCGCCGAUCUUGACGACGACGAUGCGGUGUCGGCAGCGGCAUCGGUUGUGGGUGCCAUGACGCCCACGAAUACCCCUGCUCGCAAGGCACGGCGCAAGACUGGCGCUGCUGACAUGCUUUCUUCCGCGGAGCGCACGCGAAUGGACGAAAUAUUCGAAGCCUCGUUUGCAGCGGUCGAGGCGUGUGUCGACGAGUACGGGCGGCGGCGUUGCGACCUGUUCUUGGAGCUGCCCAGCCGGCGCGACUACCCUGACUACUACGUCAUCAUCCGACAGCCGAUCGCGAUGAAAAACAUCCGCCGCAACGUGAAGGCGCACAAGUAUGCGCAGGUGGCGGACUUCCACCGCGACUGGAAGCUGAUGUUCGACAACGCACGCACCUACAACGAGGAGGGGUCGAUGGUCUAUGAUGAUGCAUGCCAGAUGCAGCGGGCGCUGGAGGACAAGCUGAACGAGAUGACCGGCGAAAACUACCACAGUCCGGUUGGGACCCAAUCGCCCUUGAACCCAACGUUUGCCGCUGCCAUUCAGCAGCAGCUAGCGGUAACAUCGACAUCAGAAUCUGCACUUUCUGGCGCUCCGAUCUCCACCAUUCUGUCGGGUCCCAUGCCAGACAAUGGGAUUGUUGUUCGCCAUGCUGCAGCACACUCUACCGCAGAGCCGUCACCAGCAGCCCUCCCGCACCAUGAUCACCAUCAUUACCAAACCCAGCACCAUGUUCAGCACCAGCAACAUUUGCAUGGCGCACCUCACCACGAGUCGUUUGCAGCCAACAUGAGCCGCCACACAGUGAAUGACAGCUAUGACGAGGACAUUGACGAGGAUCUGUAGUUGACUGUCGCUUGAAAAUUGAAGUUUGUGUUU